GAGAGCUAAAACAUCUACGUAGGUAAUUGAUUACAUGUAAGUCAGUUGAAUCCACAUGAUCGAAUGCUAGACACAAAUGUUGAAAAUAAGUAAAUUUUGUUCCUCCUCCUCUCCUCUUGCUUGCUUCAUACCGUUCUUUAUGUGACUGCAAGAGGCCAAAGUACGUAACCGAGAAAAGUUGCUUCCUCUUUGAGCACACAAAACCGCGUCAUCCUGCAGAGCACGAGACAUCAACAAGCAAAGUCUUGACUGACAUUUUGAAGAUUCAGAGUAACUCGAUGGCGGACAGGGACAAGUCUGAGAAUUCAAAGUUGUUACAGCCUGGACCACCACCGUACCAGGAGCACUUUCAGUAUCCUAAUGCUGGAUACCCUCCGCCAGGCAGCUACCCCAGCUCUUCCGGUUAUCAGGGUCAGCAAUAUGGAGCUCCAGUGGGCCCGUACAACCAAGGGGCUUAUCCAGGACAACCCCCCGUCACUGUCCAACCGGUGGUUUACUUGACCACCGUCCCACUGACCAAUCCACCGCCGGAUUACUUGGUUUACUCCGUCUUUACCUUGCUGUGCUGCUGUUUACCUCUGGGCAUCGCUGCACUUGUUUACUCCAUCUAUACUCGGGAAGCUAUCGUGUCCGGAAACAGGGAAGUAGCAGAAAGCAACUCCAGAACGGCUCGCAUGCUCAACAGUAUCGCUCUUGGCAUCGGCCUCACCUGCCUUAUCGUGUAUAUCAUCUGUGUCAUUGUUUUCAAUGUCAACGCUCAUUAACACAUUUCCGUAAUUGUGUAAUUGUAAGAUCAUGAUUGGACGGCAAUAAGAUUAUCAUUGUAUACAAAUGCUUAUGUGAUUUUGUGUAUUAGUGUUAUGCCUUUAAAUCUGUUCGAAUUAUAGUUAUGACACUUUCCAAACUUUACAUUCAUAGAUGCAAGCAAAGAGGAAUGUCUCUUUUUUUGCAUGUUUAAUUUAUUUUCUGGGGGCCUUCUCCACCCCAUCUGACUGGCAUUAUUAUUCCCUUUAAAUGUAAAACUGGCAUGAUUGUUCACUUUUAAAACAGAUUCUUGUGUUUUAAAUCAAUGAAAGCUGUGAGUUUCAAGAUAUUGUUUUAGUUCAUGCCAUUUGAUUUGUGUUUUAAAUAAACUUGAAAACUUUGAAAAAGAA